GAGAGAAGGAGAACCUGGACACACCAGACCACCACCGCGGGUCGGUCUCACCUGUGUGCAGCUUUCCGCCAAGCUAGUCCACCUAACCAGUCCACUUCAGCGACCCAUGUCGGACGGAUCGACCGCACGAAUGCCCGCAUGAAUUAUUUUCGCGGAUGACGGUUAAAGUUCCAUAGUACCAGGGAAUUGGCACUUUUAAUUGCUUGCUACGGACCACCGGCCUACACUAACUUCGGAUUUGGAUUUUAGACAUCUACUGCGAGAUUAUAUGGAUUCACAAAUUCGAGUUGAUGCAAAUCUUAUGUGACGUUUCAGUGCACAAAUGUGACCACGAUUCCGGCUUGAAGAUUCAAUAUCUAGUUACACCUGUGACUUCAUGUGAACACAUUAUUCUACUUUGAGAUCCUAUCGAGUACUAACUAAUUUUGUGUUCGUCGAGAGUUUGCUUAAUUGGACAAAUUUUCAUGUUCAUAGUUUUGUGAUAUUUGUAUGAAGCAAAGAGCUCGUAAGUACACCAUUCGACGCUAUACGUGCAAUGUUGAAGUGACCAAUUGAGGAAAGCAGUGCACAAUUCUCAACGAAAUGUAGAUUCUCUUGUUGUGCAUUCCGCUUUGGAUGUUACUCGACGGAGUUACCGAGAAAGCAAAACGAUAUAAAACGGUGGAUGGUCAAUUGAUGCAUUCGUCUCUCCGCUACGAGGAUGAUGAUGAUGGACAUGGGCAUGUACGGGACCUACGGCAAGCCUGACUCAUAUCCUAACUACGUGUUCUCGGGUCAAGGAAAUCAUCACCAUCAUCAUCAUCAUCAUCACCAGCCAUCAUCCGUUGGCGGUCACGUGUCGGUGCCAGCCUCCCCGGAGAUAGCUCCAACUCAUUACUACCCCCAGACUGCAGUGGCGCCGUAUUCUUCGUCGUCCUCGGAGAGUUUCCUAACCGCCGAGUCGGGCGCGUCGUCCAGCACGCCACCACAGGGCUUUUACUCUCCGACGGGCGCCGUUCUCCACGAGGAUGGCUCUACUACAGCGAUAAUCUCUUCGGAGAACGGUUUGAGCUAUACCAACCUGGAUUACGCGUCGUCCUCGUCGUACACGAAUCAACAACAACAUGCGGUAACCUCGGUGGAUCCGCACCAGAACUACCAUGUUCAGCAGUCCGCCUACCGGGAGGAUCACCAUCACCAUCAUCAUCAUCACCAUCCGCCACCAGCUGCCACCAACCUCCAUCAAACCACAGUACCUCAAGCUAGUCACCCAAGAACGGAGCACGAUCAGCAACUUCAUCAUCAGUCCUCUAGUCAUCACCAUCAUCACCAUCACGACCCCGAUUACCAAAUAGCCGUUGGCGGGACCUCGAACUAUCUCCAUCAGUUGCCACCGUCGGAUGAAUCUUUGCAGUACCACACGCAGAUUCGACAGAGCGAGUUUUCCGCACACCAGUCGGGGCACUACAAGGAGGAGAACACGGACACGACAACCUAUCACGUUUUACAGCAGUCCGGCCAUCCCCAGCAUCCGCAUCAGCACGGGCAUCAUCAUCAGCAACAUCCGCACGCGCACCACCCGCAACAACAGCAACAGCAGACGCAAGUGCCCACCUACAAAUGGAUGCAGGUCAAACGAAACGUACCCAAACCAGUCGCGACAAAAGCAAACCCCAACGUCGAGUUCGGUAGCGGCGCGACCGCGGGGACGAGCUCGUCGGUGUACGCAACCACCGCCAGUGGAACAGUGAAUUGUAUCGUCGGCUCGUUGGCCGGAAUCCCGGGUAGCUUCAAUAACACCGGUCGCACGAAUUUCACGAAUAAGCAACUCACCGAGCUGGAGAAGGAGUUCCAUUUCAAUAAGUACCUGACGCGAGCGAGACGCAUUGAGAUCGCGUCCGCGCUGCAGCUCAACGAGACCCAGGUAAAGAUCUGGUUCCAGAAUAGGCGAAUGAAACAGAAAAAGCGUAUGAAAGAGGGUCUGAUACCAGCGGAUAGCACAAACGUGACGCCUCUGAGCGGUGCCAGAAGCAGCAGCAAUUCCCCGACAGGCUCGUCUAGCCACGAGAUCGGUGGCCUCGGUUUGUCCAGUUUCACCAGCGACAACAGCAGGGAAUCCCCGCCGUCUUCCAAGGAUUGACGUGACUUUUGUUAUGGCAAUGACAGACAUUAUGGCUUGCGAUUCGACGACUGGUAGACUCCAUGUAUAUGGGAGACUGAAGCUUCAGUACGGAUCAUGACAACUUACUGCAGCCACAAAGGACUCUCGAAUCCAUUAUUUUUCAGGCUGCGUCGUGAAUGUAAUAUCUUGAGGUUAAGACGAGUCAUUCUGUGCUUGGAAGUAGAGAACUAUGCGAUAUACAUAGGGAACGUUUAUCUUCCUAUUUCUAAACUGUAGAACGUGACAUUGGUCGCUCUAAUUCCAUCAUAUCGCGCGGAUUCAAAAGUGGCAUGUAGCUUCGAUAACGUUUAAUGCGACUUUAACAUCGUAAUAUUACAUUCUGGGGCGUUAAUGAUUUUCCGUCCUGAAUUCCCUUGGAUUAGUACUAAGAGGUUCAAAUAGAUUGUGUACAUUGAUUUCGCGUAUUAUUUAUUAUGUUCACGAUAUUUUAGUUUCGAAUACGUCCUGUGUGUGAAAGUUGUAUAAAUUUGAAUUCAGUCUCUAUCCCAAAUUCCAAGGUUACCAUACACCUCAGAGUUCAUAUAGCGAUAUUUAUAUUUAUAAAUUUAAGUGCUGAGAUAAGAUCGGAGAGACGCUUACUUUACUUUUAGUUAAUUUUUUAAGGAAUUUCGAUGUACUACUAUUCAUCAGGUUUUACCGAUGUUUGCAUUAAUAAAUAUAGCUCUAUUACAGUCUAUAAAUUCGAACUGGUCUCAAAUAUCAAUAAUAUAUUUUAUCAGUAAUGUAAUUAACGCGCAGUUUUUCUUAUUAUUUCCUCGGCUUAACUAUUCAUUUUUAUUUAAAUGUAGACUUGUAAGUGAGUUGCUAAUUCGAUGAACGCAGUAAAUAAAAUGAAUUACGUCGUGUUUUCGUAUCAAAAACAAAAUGAUAGAAGUCAAAAUCUCAAGUCGAAUCUUUUCAUUCGAUUAGUUUUUUAACCCUUUCAGUAUCUACGUGUGUGUUACAAAUCACAUCAAUUUUCCAUAAUUUUCUCUCUCUUUCAAGAAAUCAGUUUAAGUUUUACUUUCGUGUAUCAGUAUGCAAUGUUUAGAAAACAUGCGCUAUAAAUAAAUACAAUAGAUAUACUUUACAUACACACAUACGGUACGUUAUUAAUAAUCUAUUAAAUAAUAAAAAAACUACCACUAUACAAAUAUUAAAAUUGAUAAAAUAAGUGUUUCUCACAAUCUUUUUAAUUUUUAAAACUAAACUAAGGAAAUUACAAAACAAGAAUGAAGAAAUACUUCGAAAUAUCAAAAUCGAACUAACUGGAAGGGUUAACUUUCUCUAUACUGAGCAAUUUGCAUAGAAGUAAUGCAAAUAAACGGAGCCGUAAUAAAUACCAAUACUGGCAUCCGUCGCCAAAAUAUUUUCCACAUUCUGAUCUCCAGUCCUAAUAUUAUCGAACUUGUAGAGGUAUCGCAAUUCGUUCGUGAACUCGUUGCUGCAGUUAUCGGGAAUGAUAUUUCUCGAUAAUUUCAAAUAUCAGCAAACAUAAAGCAGUACAAAAUAUUACUGCUGACCUCGCCUCUUUUAUGUUCUGCAUUCUUGUACUUUGAGUCCCUAGCAACCGCGCAAUUGGCCAAAUUCAUGCUACGAUCUUUGCAAAUAAACAUCAAGUUUGUCCUUAAUUUAAACUCGCAUUAACAAAUCGAACCUUGAGUUAAAAACCUAAACUUAAAACUCAAGUAAUCUAACUCUACCGCAGACGCGCGAGUCGAACCUUGUACCGUCGCAAGUAUUCAUGCAAAUCGCGUUUUGCCUCAAUACGAUAAUACGUAAAUAAAUUCAUGCAUUGUGACGAUGAAUAGCAGCACAUUAAAAUUAGUUACCGCAACAUACUUUUGUGCACCUUAAAAUUUUUUUUGUUUGUUACUCAACAAUAAAAAAACGUGAAAGAUCGUAGCAAAAUCUUUUAUUUUGAAGGUAAACAGAGAAUAUGGCGGGAAUAAAUAACUUGUUCGUGACUUCAAACUUUUGAAAAACUAAUGGACAAUAUAAAAAUUUUACACGAAUCUCAGCAACCCAUUUUGAAUGAGUUAUUACUUUCAUUGAUCUCAAAAUGCCCAAAAAAUUUCUUAUUUUUUAAACAGCUAUAAGCGUGCAGAAAAGAUUUGUUAGAACAGUACAAUUUUCAACAGCUUUGAGUAUUUUUGUUCGACUCACUGUACAGUUCAACAAGACGUAAAUCCAUUACGACAGCCUUUGAUAUGACGGCGAAAUACAUAAUAUCCGAUUUCUGAUGAAACGCUGCAAGAUCAGAUGCGACGUUGGCAACCAUGUUUUGCUCGAGAUUAGGCUCAGCAAUAUGGACCUAGUUCUAUAGUCCACAAAACGACCCGUAAACGUUAAAAUAUCGCUGUGGAAGAAUACAUAAUAAAGGACACAUUGCGCCAACUUGAUUCUCAAUUUGAAAAGAAAGAUUUCUAGUUAAAUCUUUAUGUGAUGGAUUAUUCAAGUGAUUAUAUACCAGUAGGAACUUUGGAUCAAUUCCGAAACAGCAAGUUGGUCCAACCGUCCCUAUAACAUUUAUCUUAACGUGUGAUAACACACAAUAAUAGAGUAUCCUUGAUAAUCACGAGAUAUCGCGAGUAGUUCGUACCUCUCUGACGGUGAUAAUCUGACAAAUGUAGAUCUAAUCUUCGCCCAAGUAUGCAUGUAUUUAUAUGUAAAUAUUAACCUACAUAAACUAUGGGCCAAUAAAGUUAAUCGAUAUACGUAAACCCGAUAUAAACUGAAAUACCAAAACGGGUUGCUCUAGGAAAUUCUUAUUUCAAGCUUACCAACAAAUUUACGGAAGCAAUGAAUAACAUAAUUACAACGGAACUCUCAAGUGAGCUGAGAGGUUUCGUAUUCUACUCGAACUAAUUCGCACGUUUAUAAAUUUACAAAUUAGUAUGAACAUACAUAUUUACGUGAGUUACAUGGUGGUCCAUUCGAAUCCUCUGUACCUAAAAACAUUCCUAUUAUGAUAAAGUGUCAUUAG